UUUAACAUAAAACGUUUGUUCAAAACCGUCCCGUAGGGGAACGAGGGUGUGUUUUAAAAAAAGACGCAACUCUGCGUCUCUUCGGUUUCUGUCGGACAGACGUGGCGCGUCAGCAGCAGCAAGUUUAUAGCAGACAAACAAUACGUGUUGUUGAAUUUGGAGUUUUAGCUGUGUUAGCUUAGCCAGUAGGUUACCAGGGUAACGUUGUCCGACCGUUAGCUGGCUCAGUUCAGGAGCUGUCGGUGUUUCCUUCUCUAAAAGUUGUUUCUUUUCGGUUGUCUAAGUAUGCCGACCUAAAGCACACAUUGGUCCUAAUUUAAUCGUUUGAAGUAACUAUAAGUUAAGUUACGAGUUAUCGAACCGAUAAGGGAAGAAUCAAUAAAUUACCAGAUUUGUGAACGGAGUUCGUCCUUCGCCUCACUCUAUCUGUUGUCCUGCUUCUGCUCGUCAACUGGAAACUGCAACAAGGAGCCCAAUUAACUACUGAUAUCACAGGCUUUUUCUAAUGUUACUGACAGUUUUCAUGAGCACACCACCGAAAUCUUAUUUUCCGUUUUAAAGUCAGAAAUCCAGAACGCAGAUUUGAUAGAACCUCUCCUGAAGAACAACAUCUGAGAAACAUCCGUUUUCAGGCCUGAUUUACCAAAGAAGAACAAAACUACGACCGGUCCUCUUGACUCCAGGGGAAUGGAAUUAAGUUACAGUGUAGUGGACACAAAUCAGCUACUGUUACAAACCUUAAAUAAGGAACUAUUUAUUUCUGGGUAAAAAAAUAUUCAGCAAGACUAAAGAUCCAAGCAGGCUCUCAGGACUGGACAGUUUUUGGAGACUGAGUUGAGUCAGGACUGGUUCCCUCUCAGACCUGUGUCCGGUGUGGUGCAGCGAGUGUGAGACAUGGAGCAGUACAGUAUUCUGGGUCGGAUUGGAGAAGGAGCCCACGGCAUCGUCUUCAAGGCCAAACACAUCGAGACAGGAGAGACGGUGGCUCUGAAGAAAGUGGCUCUGAGGAGGCUGGAGGACGGCAUCCCCAACCAGGCUCUGAGGGAGAUCAAGGCCCUGCAGGAGAUCGAGGACAACCAGCAUGUAGUGAAGCUGAAGGACGUCUUCCCUCAUGGUACCGGCUUCGUCCUGGUGUUUGACUUCAUGCUCUCUGACCUGUCUGAGGUCAUCAGGAACUCCCAGCGACCUCUGACCCCGGCUCAGGUCAAAGGUUACAUGAUGAUGCUACUGAAGGGCGUUGCCUUCCUGCAUCACAACAACAUCAUGCACCGGGUGAGAAAUUUCCGUCUCUGUAACACACUCAGUCCUCUGCUCUGCAGUCAGGUUUCUUCUUCAUCAUCAUGUUGCGUUGAAGACGUGGGUUUGGUUUUUACUUCGGUUGGGACGUUUUACCAGACGACCAAUAUGAACAGCCGUGUAUGUGUCCACAUGCUCCAUAACAGCGCAGUACGACAGGUCGCCAGAUCAUCGGAUCCGAUGUCCUCGGUGUCUCACUCUCUCACCCUUCAUCGUAAUCACAGAAAACACACCAACCUGGCAGCUCUGCGUAGACCUUACAGUAACACUGUGGAGCUAAGGGCGGUGGGCUGUAUUUUUGGGGAGCUGCUGAACUCCUCUCCUCUGUUUCCUGGAGAGAACGACAUCGAGCAGCUCUGCUGCGUCCUCAGAGUCCUGGGAACACCAACACAGGACAGCUGGCCUGAGAUAGUGGAGUUACCAGAUUACAAUAAAAUCACCUUUAAGGAGAAUCCAGCUAUCCCAUUGGAGGAGAUCGUCCCUGACACGUCCCCCCAGGCUGUCGACCUGCUUUACAAGUUCCUGGUGUAUCCGUCCAAACAGCGCUGCUCAGCUAUGAAGGCUCUCCUCCAUCCAUACUUCUUCUCCUCUCCUCUUCCUGCUCACCAUUCCGAGCUGCCCAUUCCUCAGAGGGGGGGCCGCCCCCCCCGCCAGCGGCUGCAGGCUCCGCCCACUGACUUUUCAGUGGACCUGCCCCUGCAGAACAGCAUGGUAGACCCUGCGCUGCUACAGGGACACGCUUCCUGCCUCUGAACAAACAAACGGCAGAUGAACUGACCAAUCAUCUUUCUCUCUGCUGUUAUUUAUAAUUACGUGUUGAUUUUAUUGAUUUUAAUUUAUUGAUUGAGUUUAUUUAUUUUCUGAUUCAUUGACGUGUUCUUCUCUCUCACCUGCCGAAACACUGUUACUGGGAUUUACAGCUUUUAAUAAAGUUAACCUCAGCUCAUACAGCAGGAGUUCUGAGGGGAACCUUAAUUCAGAUCUGUCAGUACUCAUUAAAAGUAGCGCCGCAGCGAAGAAAAUACAACACGAGACGAUAAUAAAAUAUAACAUUUAAUCAUGAAAUCACCAAAACUGAGUGUGUGACAGCGCAUGUCGUGAACCUUACAAAAAAACCUCCUCUCUGUGGAGGUUCAGGAUGGAGCUGAACGUUAGCUGAACGUUAGCUGAACGUUACGUUUCCAGUAUCCAGGACCCUGCUCUUCAUACGUGGAUCGCAGAGACAUCCAGAUCAGAUCGCUGAUGAUUUGACACGAGUCUGGAUCUUUUGAUUCUUUGAAGCUGAUUUAAAAUUAAUCUGGAGCUUUUGUCAGAACAACAAGUCCUAAAACCCAAAGCUACAAAAAAGGUGCAGGCCUGUUGACAGUCAGCUGGAUCAGGACCAAGAGCUUUAGAGUGGAUCCCAAACAUGAAGUCAUUUUCACAUGCAGAUCACUCAGUGUCUUAGAUUUAUAAUAAAACAGUGUGAACAUAGAUAUGAUUUUAGAUGAGAACAUGCAGCUUAUUGAGAAAUCAUUAUGAUUAUCUGUUAUCUGUCAUAAUGAAGAGUUACCUAUAUCCAUACAUGAUAAAAAAUGACAAGAUGUGGUUUGAGAUACUAGGAGCAAAAAAAGACAUAAACUCAACUCAAAGAUUCUGACUGUUGAAAAACAAAUGGAGCCUGAACACAUGGUAUUUAAUGUGACAAUAAAAUGAGAAUUCGUCAUUUGAACGCGUAUCAAAUGAUUAACUGCAGAACUCACUUUGCUGGAAAUGGUUUAUACAGUUAAAGCCCAUCUAUGGGAUUCAGCCUAAAACAUUUUGGUCUCAGAUUCAUUUUAAACAAGUUUAAAAGAACCAAAAAAUCCAGACUCAUGUCGAAUUGUCAGCAUUAUAAUCUGGAGAACUCCGUUAUCCACACGCGUAGAACAGGUCCCUGGUUUCUUUCUUAACUCCAGCGUACCUAUUCUUUGCGGGGAUACACCGAAAACCAGAUCACAACCGGGGCACGAGGGUUUCUGUGAACACAUUCCUAAAGAUGAAAUCAAACCCAUUUUUUAAUCAAAUAAUCAAUACAAUAAAAAGCAAAUCAAUUCGGUUCAUAUGGUUUCACUUGUCAAACGCUGAAAAGGAACUCUUUCACCUCCCACACUUCCUCUUUCUCCUCCUCCUCUCUGUCACCUCAGACCAACAGUCAGAUUCUGUUCAGUCAGACUGAAGUAAACAGUAGCUCUGAGCAGCUCUCCAGCCUCUGUGAGUAUCACUAUCACUGCAGUUUCAAGCUUCUCGAUUAUUUUCUACCAGAGUUCCUCCCGCAGCUCAGAGGAAACGCUGUUCUGACUUUUAGUGGAUGUUGUGUUUUUCAAACAGUGAGUUCGGAGGAGAUUUGGGGAGUUUUACCCUCAAAGUGUCUUUCUUUAACUAAUUAAUUAAUUUGGUUUAUUCAUUUUGCUGGUAACAGAGUAGAGAUCCUGAGUGAUUAGAGGGAGCUCUUACCCUGUCUCCCAUUUUUACUCCUUUUUUCUUUUCCCUCCUCUGAGACACAGCGAUGUUUACAUAUUGUUUGCAUCCAGCUGAUCGUUUGCUGAAAUGACGACUCGAUCAGAAACAUCGAGAUUCAACGCGAUGGUCAGAACUUAUCAUACUCACGC